GCUCGUGAAGAAGAAGACGAAAGAAGUCCUCUCUGCAAUUCUCUUUCCUUUUAUAUUGCCUGUGAUUGCCUAAGCCCUCUCUCUCUUCCAAGCCCUAGAAAUUUAAUACCCUGGUUAUGAAGAAACCCUGGAACAAUCAACUUCCGUGAAAUUCCCUUGAACUUCCCUUAACUCUCCAAUUUUACAGUCUUUGAAAUAGCUGAGAGGGCAUGGCUUCCUCGGAGAUUGAAGUUGUCUCAGAAACUCAGAAUUCAAGCACUUCGAUGAAUAGUAACGGCGUCAAUGGAAUGGAUUUAGCCAUUGCAGACGUGUAUUCUGCUUCAGCAUAUGGUCACCUCUUAAAGCUUCGACAUUUUGUUGAGAAAGAAGGUCGCAGUGUUUCAAAACCUGGUGGUGAUGGCUACUAUCCCCUUCAAUGGGCUUCUUUCAAUGGAUAUAGAGAGAUUGCACAAUACAUCAUUGAGCAUGGAGCUGAUGUUAAUGCAUUUGAUAAUACUCAACAAACAGCACUGCACUGGGCUGCAGUUCGAGGUUUUACCGAAGUAGCUGAUAUACUCUUGCAACAUGGGGCACGCGUUGAGGCUGCUGAUGCCAAUGGAUAUCGUGCUGUUCACGUUGCUGCUCAAUAUGGACAAACAGCUUUCUUGCAUCACAUCGUCACAAAAUACAAUGCAGAAUUUGACAAACCUGAUAAUGAUGGGAGGAGCCCACUGCAUUGGGCUGCAUAUAAGGGCUUUGCAGAUACCAUCAGGUUACUUCUGUUUAUGGAUGCUUCCCAAGGAAGACAAGAUAAGGAAGGGUGUACACCUUUGCACUGGGCUGCAAUAAGAGGCCAUGUAGAGGCAUGUACAGUUCUCGCACAUGCAGGCACAAAGCAUGAACUUCUGUUGAAAGACAAAGCUGGGUUGACCCCCACACAACUGGCUUCUGAUAAAGGUCAUCGGCAUGUUGCUGUUUCCCUUUCAAAUGUACAGAAGAUGCACAACAAUAGUUGGGAAAACAAAUUCUGCCUUGGGAAGAUAGCGGGGAUUGGUUAUGCUCCCAUCCUUCUGUUUGUAAUAAUCUUCCUUACGAUCCUAUUCAUCACUUCAGUCCUUGCAUCACCUACUUUUACAAAGGUAACUGCUUCUGUUGGAUUAUGGGGGUGGACUGCUGUUUCUAUUGCAAUUGGUGCACUUUUAAUGUUCUAUAGAUGCAGCACGAAGGAUCCAGGUUACACAAGAAUGAGUUCAGCACAUUCUACAAAUGGCAAGCAUGAAGAUGCACCCUUGUUAGACCUGAAUUUUCACAACUCCACGAUCUGGGAAGGAAACUGGUCUCAACUUUGCCCAACCUGCAAAAUAAUAAGGCCCGUCCGCUCCAAACAUUGCUCGACUUGCAACCGGUGUGUUGAACAAUUUGACCAUCAUUGCCCGUGGAUAUCUAAUUGUGUUGGGAAGAGAAAUAGGUGGGAUUUCUUUGUGUUUGUUUGUCUGGGAACUUUAACAUCAUCUAUUGCAGCUGUUAUUACACUCCAGAGGCUAUGGAGUAAUUUACCAUUGCCUUCGUCUGGUGGUGCACAAGCCCAUAGCAUUGUGGCUCGACAUCCAGGUGCUGCAGCAUUUCUGGCCAUGGACAUUCUUGUGUUGUUGGGUGCUACAACUAUGACCAUAGCACAGGCUUCACAGAUCGCACGCAAUAUCACAACAAAUGAAUUGGCAAAUGCUAGUCGUUAUGCGUAUCUUAGAGGACCAGAUGGUCGCUUCAGAAACCCGUACAAUCAUGGAUGUUGGAAGAAUUGCACUGACUUCCUUAUCCAUGGAUAUAAUGAUGAUGAAGUUACCUGGCCAUCCUUGCAAGAGGCUACAAGAUAGUACUUGCUUUAUCGGGGCUACUGAUGUAUUUGGAUUUCACCACGGUGCAUUUAGAUAAAGAAUGAAGCAUCAAUAAAGGCACUUGAAGCUCGAUAAUUCUCACCUAGGGAUUCAUGAUUUUGGAAAGCUGCAUCGUCAGGCCAAGAAGCCAUAGAGGUUGCUGGAAAGAAAGAUGAUUUGGGAGGAAUUGACUUUCUACUGCUAUGAUACUUCAUAGUAUAUAUCGUGGGGUUGAUGCUCUCACUUAUGGAAGCUUCCUGUUAGAGGAAAUUGAAACGGAAUCGAUGCAUAAGGCUCUCUCUCUCCCUCUCUCUCUCUCUCUUGUUCGGCAAGCUAUGAAGUUCUCUGAGCUUUUUCUGUGUAUAAUGCAACAAGCCAAGGCAGUUCUCUUACCUUCUCGUGGUGAACCCUCUAGGGACAGGGUUGAGGCAAUGUCACUGUCGCAUUUAAGACAAUAAGAUUUGUGUUUUUUACAUCUGCUUGGUGGUUUGUAUUAAGAAAUGGGUUUUAAAUCAUUAUGACCAACCAUAUUGGCAGGGUCCGCAAUUAUCAUGUAAUGACCAGAAUUCAAGAAAUGGUGGGAGUUCUUGGAAUCA